CUCGUCUGUCCGUCCGUCCACCAUCCCUCACUCACUCCCCUGCCAUCCCUAAUCUUUCACUCGCUCGUUGAUUUCUUCUACAUUCCACAAAACUUGGAAUUUUUAUAAGAAAUUGUAAAUAUUUAUAAGAAAUAAAUAACAAUGUAAUAUUCAGUAUAAACUUAGAGCUCAAGCCCAGGAAGAGUAAAUCGGGUGAAGUCCAGGACCCAGCAGGGAGGUGGGAGCGGUGAGCCCCGAGGGCAGCUCGGACACAGCCCUCCAUCUGCCUGUCGCCCGCCGGCCGGGGAGGGGCUGCGGGAGCAGAGCCUCGAGGUGCUGGAAUGAAGGAUGAAACCCUGGAGGCCAGGGCUGGGCUGGGGGGUCCAUGCACCUUCCUUGUUCCAAAAGCUGGGUCUCUGUGUUCUCUUCUAGGACUAGACAGUUCCAGUUUUUACACUCACAUUUUAGAUCCAUCUGGAAUUUAUUUUGUGCACACAAUUUGGAGCAGUGGUCCUGCUCUGUCUACUCCCGAAAUGCUACCUGUCCUGCCAGCUCCGCACCCGUGAGGCUUCGAGCGGUUCCUAGACCUGCUUUCUCCCCCUCGACCUCUCACAACAGAUAUUUUUGUCCCCAAAAACUUAGUUACCACCAGUUUAUACAGAAUUCUGGUGGGACCUUCACAUGUGACAUGGGCCUUUUUUGGAAGCUCUUCAUUACGGAGCUUUCUGGAUACACAGAGCUGGAGAGCAGGGUGGCCGGGCGCCCAGGCGAGGAGGAUGGCCGCGACCAGUCCAAGCUGGAAACCAAGGUGUGGGAGGCGUAUAACCCCCUCAUCGACAAGCAGAUCGACCAGUUCUUGGUGGUGGCCCGCUCUGUGGGCACCUUCGCGCGGGCGCUGGACUGCAGCAGCUCCGUCCGGCAGCCCAGCCUGCAUAUGAGCGCGGCCGCCGCCUCCCGUGACAUCACCCUGUUCCACGCCAUGGACACUCUGCACAAAAACGUCUACGACAUCUCCAAGGCCAUCUCGGCGCUGGUGCCUCAGGGCGGGCCGGUGCUCUGCAGGGACGAGAUGGAGGAGUGGUCGGCCUCGGAGGCCAACCUCUUCGAGGAGGCCCUGGAGAAGUAUGGGAAGGACUUCACCGACAUCCAGCAGGAUUUUCUCCCAUGGAAGUCCCUCACCAGCAUCAUCGAGUACUACUACAUGUGGAAGACGACGGACAGAUAUGUCCAGCAGAAACGCUUGAAAGCAGCCGAAGCAGAGAGCAAGUUGAAGCAAGUCUAUAUUCCCAACUAUAAUAAGCCAAAUCCAAACCAGAUCAACGUCAACAACGUCAAGGCGGGCGUGGCGAACGGCACAGGGGCGCCAGGCCAGAGCCCUGGGGCCGGUCGGGCCUGCGAGAGCUGCUACACCACACAGUCUUACCAGUGGUAUUCUUGGGGUCCCCCUAACAUGCAGUGUCGUCUCUGCGCAUCUUGUUGGACAUAUUGGAAGAAAUAUGGUGGCUUGAAAAUGCCCACCCGGCUCGACGGCGAGAGGCCGGGACCCAACCGCAGUAACAUGAGCCCACACGGCGUUCCGGCCCGUAGCAGCAGCAGCCCCAAGUUCGCCAUGAAGACGCGGCAGGCCUUCUACCUGCACACCACCAAGCUGACGCGCAUCGCCCGGCGGCUGUGCCGCGAGAUCCUGCGGCCCGGCCACGCUGCCCGUCACCCCCACCUGCCCAUCAACAGCGCAGCCAUCAAAGCCGAGUGCACGGCCCGGCUGCCCGAGGCAUCCCAGAGCCCUCUGGUGCUGAAGCAGGUGGCACGGAAGCCCUUGGAAGCCGUGCUCCGGUACCUGGAGGCUCACCCCCGCCCCCCCAAGCCCGAGCCCGUGAAGAGUGCGGCCAGUGUGCUCAGCAGCCUGACGCCCGCCAAGGCAGCCCCCGUCAUCAACAAUGGCUCCCCCACCAUCCUGGGCAAGCGGAGCUACGAGCAGCACAACGGGGUGGACGGCUCCGUGAAGAAGCGCCUCUUGAUGCCCAGUAGGGGUAAGGCGGGGGCCGCUCGCGCUGUCGGCCGGCCGGGCCCCUCCCUCUGUGCCUGCCUGAGCCCACGUGGGGGCAGCUGCUUGGAGGCGGCAGCCUCACCCCGGCCUGCCCGUCCCCUGCCCGCCACCCCAUCCCGGCCUGUCCUGUCCCGGCUGUCUGUCCCCAGUGUGUCCCCCGCCCCUCCCUGGCCCCCCCCCGAGGCCUGGCCUGCAUCCCUUGCAUGCUGUAAGCACCUGCUCGGCUUCCCCCGCGCUGGGCCUGCACCCUCCUGUGGGCGUGUCUGCUGGGGCGGGGGUGGCAUGGGGUGGGAGGCGUCUCCUCACAGGCCCCGUCUCUCCCAGGGGUCCCGGACCGUGGUUUCGUCAGGGUGGGGCGAGCUGAGCAGGCAGGGGCCACGGUGUCCAGACCGGAGAGAGCGAGGGGGUCCAGAGGGGCCAGAGGGGUGUGAGGCCCUGUGUGGGUGGCUGCACGGGGCUGGGGGCCCCUCGGCUGAGUGCGUGGGGCGGGCUACAGCCUGCUGGGGGUCCUGCCCCCUGCACCAGGCAUGGGAGCGUCUGCUGCAGCACAGGGUGCCUCAGUGUGUUCCCUUCGCGGGGCAGGGGGCAUCCGGGCACACACUUGGGUCUUCCGAGUGAAAGAGAGGAGGACGGAGCUCUGCUGUCACUGGCACCUUCACUCGCAGCGGGUGUCCACGUCAGAGGGGUGGGGUCCAUUGUCUGAGACGGGGGCACAGCCAGAGGCCCCGGGCACCUCGGGGAGCGUCUGGAGGAGGGACCCAGGACCCCAUGUGUAGCCCCCAAGAGAAGCUGGACUGGGGGUGCUGUUCGUGCCCCAUCCGUGCCCUCUGCUGCCUCCCUCCUGGGUGGUGUCCUCUCCGUGGGGCCCAGGGCAGGCCCCCCAUCAAGGGAGCCCCCAGCACACCCCACCAGGCCUGGCGCCGCUGCUCCAACGGCACUGGGCAGCGUCCGAUUCAGGCUCUGCGUCUUUUUCAGUAGACACUAUGGAGCCUCGGCUGUGGUUUUUUAAAGUGCCGUUAAAAGCUGAGUUCAAGUCCACGUAGUCUGAACGCUUUCCUUUAAACCAGGGCCCCGGGGGGUGGCAGGAGGGGUGCAGGGCCCAGCCCCGGGCUGCGUGGGGACGCCAGCCGUCGCCUUUUAGCUCUGAGACCUGUUUUCUCUCUUCUGCCCGUCCGUCCUCCCGGUAGGAACUUACCUGGGUAAGUAGCUGCUGCACCGAUGGCUGCUUCCCGUCCUUGUCCUGGGCUCCCGGGCCGUGGCCCCGUCUGCCCCGUCGGAGCCCCCAGAGCCUGGUUCUGCUCCUUUCGGAGGCUCCACGCUCGGCAGAGAAGGCUGCGGGGGGAUGAGGGCUGCCUGCGUGGAGGUCGGGUUGAGAGGGGGUCCUGCGCCCCAUCCUCUCCAGGGGUCUCUCCUGCCGGGGCUGGGCCGGUCCUGGGAGAAGCGCCAGCUGCAGCCGAUGCCACGUGCGCGCAUGUGCUCGCUCGCGCAGUACACGCCUGCCCGCUCAUGUGCUUGGUUACGUACACUCGCACGGGCAGGGCCGUGGCUGGGGCGUGGGGGAGUCCGUCCACUCCCCCUGCCCGCUGGUGCUGACAGAGCAGACGAGCUGCCGGGAGUCGGGGCGCUCGGUGCCCCGUGGAGCCCCGCAGGGGAGGCUGUGCCCGGGGCUCGGUGGCCUCUCCCCGAGUCCCUGGCAGGGCUGCCUCGUCUGCCUGGUGGCUCCCAGCCCGCCGAGCGUGUCAAGGUGGCCGCCCUGCUCCUCUCUUGAGAGCUGCCACCAGCACCCCCCCCCCCGGCCGGCCCGAGAGCCCCGGGACCGUGGGGAAGCAGUGUCAGCCACAGUGCAGGGUUUCACUUGUCGUGGCCCAGAGGGGCACGGGGCUCGGCAGGGCCUUCUCGGUGAGACCUGGGAAGGCUUCGAGCCCAGACGCAGGUUCCCCCAGAGCCCCUGAGAGCUUCAGGGCCCUGGGGCUCCCGGUGCGACUGGGGGGUUCUUGGGCCCCUCCCGGGCAGGGGCUUGGUGGGGAGAUGUGGGCCCAUCUCCCCGCUCUCUCCGUCCCUAGGUCUGGCGAACCACGGACAGACCAGGCACAUG